AUGGAAGAAAUCGACGGCUUUGUCUGGGUUGAUGCGCCUGAAAGCGAUCAGCCUAAUGAAAUCGACAACAAAAUCUACAACGACGGCUUAAAAUGCAGAAUCUCCGUCAUCGAGGAAGCAUUGAAGCCAUUGACAGAAAACCUAUGGUCCUUGAACAAGUAUAUCCACGACCACCCUGAGUUGGGCUAUCAAGAGCACAAGACGCACGAUGCCUUGACUGGCUUCAUGCAGCAGCAAAAAGGCUGGCAAGUCACUAGGUCAGCCUUUGGCAUGGAGACUGCUUGGACUGCUGUUUAUAGCUCUGAAAGUGCAGGGCCAGUUGUUGCCUUCAAUGCUGAGAUGGAUGCCUUGCCAGGUCUUGGUCAUGCAUGUGGGCACAACCUAAUAGCUAUAGCGUCUGUUGCUGCCGGUCUGGCAACAGCCGAAGUCAUGCGCAAGUCGCACCUUCCAGGAAAGGUCGUGAUCAUAGGGACACCGGCAGAGGAAGGUGGCGGUGGCAAGAUAAAGCUUCUCGAGGCAGGCGCCUACGCAGACGUUGACGUCUCCCUCAUUUCUCACCCCAGCAUCGUAAACAACAGCCCGAUGGUCAGGACUACGGCGUUUUCCAAGCUAGAAGUGGAGUAUCACGGGCGUGCAGCACAUGGCGCCAACAGUCCUUGGCUCGGCAUCAACGCAUUGGACGCCCUCAUAACUGCCUACAACGCCAUCUCGGUCCUCCGCCAGCAGACACAGCCCGGGGAUGUCAUAGGGCUGCAGAUCACCAACGGCGGCAACGCGCCAAACGUCAUCCAUGCUUUUGCUGCAGGCAAGGCAGUUCUCAGAGCCACCAGCGCCUCCAGGCUACAAGAGCUGCAGCGCAAGGUCGAGGCUUGUUUCCGCGCGGGUGCCGAGGCCACGGGUGCAAGACUGGAGGUCAAGGCAACUCCGGGAUACAAGGACCAUGUGCCGAAUCGUGUCAUGGCAGAAUCCUAUACCAAAUACUGGGAGGCUUUGCCGGACAUGCCACAGCCGCGCAUACCCCCAGGCGGCCAGCUCACUUUUGUCAAGGCGAGCACUGAUCAAGGAGACAUCAGCUAUUGCAUGCCGAGCUUGAAUGCCAGCUUUGCAAUUCCUCCCGGACCCAAAGGGGGUCCCCCACAUAGUCCAGAUUUUGAGAAAGCAUCAUCUACAGAGGCGGCUUUUGACAGGGCCAUGAGAGUCGGGAAGGCCAUGGCAGGCACUGCAGUUGACUUAUUUGCCGACCAAGAGUUUCUGGAAAAAGUCAAGGCCCAAUGGAGGCGCGACAUGGUAAUUGCAACAAUGAAUGCUUACUGCGGCUCGCGGGAUCUCAUUUCUAGAGUAGACUGA